UAGUCCCACUCACAGUAGUCAGUACGACGUAAGCCUUCGACAUCUCAACACGUGCGAAGUGAACGCUCAUUGCGUAGCAAUGUCAACUGGUUAUCUGAACACAUAUUUUCUGAUAACAACAUAUUAAGAAUAAUAAUUAAUAUGAAAAAAAUAGAAGAUUUUAUACCUAGCCAAAGAGAAACGGAGUUAGUGUUUUUUGUCAACGGAAAAAAGGUCAUUGAAUCCUGUCCGAAUCCAGAAUGGACCUUACUUUGGUAUUUACGCAAGAAACUUCAACUAACUGGCACGAAGUAUGGCUGCGGGGAAGGAGGUUGUGGCGCUUGCACUGUCAUGAUUUCGCAAUACUUGGAACAGGAGAAACGUGUGAAUCAUAUGGCGGUUAACGCGUGCUUAACACCACUUUGCGCAAUACAUGGAUUGGCUAUAACAACUGUAGAAGGAAUCGGUAACGUACAAGAUAAGUUACAUCCAGUUCAAGAAAGAAUAGCUAAAGCACAUGGGUCUCAAUGUGGAUUUUGCACACCGGGAAUUGUCAUGUCUAUGUAUACUUUGCUGAGAAAUAAAAGCAAAAUAAUAUACGAUGAUAUAGAAACGUCUUUACAAGGAAACCUGUGCAGGUGUACAGGAUAUAGACCUAUAAUAGAGGGAUUCAAAACAUUUGCAGAGAUAGCUGACGGUACAAAAGAAAACGAAAAAAUAAAACUAUGCGCUAUGGGUAAAGAUUGUUGCAAGUUCAAUCAAAGUAGUAAAGAUGUUCUGUUUAAUAAGUCCGAAUUUCAGCCUUAUUGUCCGACGCAGGAACCAAUUUUCCCGCCUGAAUUAAUUUUGAACAAUCUUUACGGAAAUUCCUUUCUUUUCUACAAAGGCAUAAAUGUUAUAUGGAUUCGCCCACAAUAUCUUAAAGAUAUUCUUAUUUUAAAAAAAGAAUAUCCGUGUAGCAAAAUCGUAGUAGGUAACACAGAAAUAGGUGUAGAAGUAAAGUUUAAAAAUAAAUCUUAUCCAAUAUUGAUUUCCCCUAAAUUAAUUAAGGAAAUGAAUAACAUACUUAUAAAAGAUUCAUGUAUUGAGAUAGGAGCAGCAGUUUCAUUAAACGACGUAGACGACUUCCUACGUAAUAAAAUUCAAGAAUGUAAAGAAAAAGUGAACGUUUUGAAUGCCAUUAGAGAUAUACUUCACUGGUUUGCAGGCAGUCAAAUUCGUAAUGUUGCGUCUAUCGGAGGAAACAUUGUAACAGCUAGUCCUAUAUCAGAUUUAAAUCCAAUAUUUAUGGCUUGUUCUGCUCAUAUUAUUAUUUCUAGUUUUGACAGAGGAGUUAGAAAGUUAGUAAUCGACCAAGAUUUCUUUCAAGGAUAUAGAAAAGUAGCAUUAGAAGAAGACGAAAUAGUUCUAGCAGUUGAAAUUCCUUUUACGGAGGACAUGCAAUUUUUUAAAGCAUAUAAGCAGGCCAGACGAAGAGAGGAUGAUAUAUCAAUAGUUACCGCUGCAUUUAAUGUUAAACUUGAUGAUCAGAAACAUUUUGUAAAAGAAGCUAAAUUAUGUUUCGGAGGAAUGGGUCCAAUAACUGUUUGUGCAUUUAAAACAUCGGAUAAAUUAAAAAAUCUGCCUUGGGAUAGAGAUAUGAUCAAUAUUGUUUUUAAAUCACUUAACGAUGAGUUACUGUUAACCACUUCGGCACCAGGAGGAAUGCCUGAAUAUCGCAAAUCACUUUGCCUUAGUUUAUUUUUUAGGUUCUAUAUUUACGUAUUGAAUGAAUUGAAAUGUAGUGAAUUCCAAAUUAAUAAUAAGGAUUCAUGUGGAUCUUCUGAACUACCACGUACACAACCAAAAAGUUCUCAAUGUUUUGAAAUAAAAGUUGACCAUAAAACCAACUAUAAUCUGGUCGGAAAACCUAUACCUCACGUGUCGUCCAUGAAACAGGCCACUGGUGAAGCAAUUUAUUGCGAUGAUAUUGUGAGUGUGGAAGGUGAAUUGUUUUUAUGCUUAGUACUCAGCACAGAAUCACAUGCAAAAAUUAUAUCUAUUGACUCUACUGAAGCUUUACUAGAACCCGAUGUUGUUGCUUUUCUUUCUGCAUCAGAUUUAUUAAAAGACAAUAAUAAAAUGGGUCCUAUAUUAAAAGACGAAGAAAUAUUUGUCGAAAAAGUUGUCACUAGUCGCUCUUGUGUGAUUGGUGCUGUAGUUGCAAAAUCUGAGUACGCAGCUAGAAGAGCUAAAAAAUUGAUUAAAAUUACUUAUGAGAAAUUAGAGCCUGUGAUAAUUUCUAUAGAAGAAGCUAUUCUUCAAGGUUCAUUUUAUGAUGGAUGUCCACGUAAGUUAGAAAAAGGAAAUAUAAAAGAAGCUUUUUUACAAUCAAAUCAUAUAGUAGAAGGGUAUAUUAGAAGUGGAGCGCAAGAACAUUUUUAUCUCGAAACAAUAUCGGCAUGUGCUAUGAGAAAAGAAGAUGAAUUGGAAAUUAUAUGUACAUCGCAAAAUCCAGCAGAAAUAGGACAUACGGCAGCUAAAGCACUCGGUAUACCAAAUCAUAAAGUCGUAGUUAAAGUUAAAAGAAUAGGAGGAGGUUUUGGUGGGAAAGAAACAAGAGCAGCUGUGUUAGCAAUACCCGUUGCCGUCGCUGCAUACAUUUUAAAAAAACCAGUAAGAGCGGUUUUAGACAGAGAUGAAGAUAUGCAACUUACUGGUUAUAGACACCCAUGCCUAAUUAAAUAUAAGGUUGCAUUUGAUGAUGAUGGUAAAAUCGCUGCUGUAAUUUACGACAUAUAUGCUAAUGCUGGAAAUUACAUGGACAUUUCAAGUUCGAUGUUAGAAAGAGCAAUUACACAUGUAGACAACUGUUAUUAUAUACCAAGCAUACAAGUAAAUGGAUAUCUUUGUAAAACAAAUAUGCCAUCAAAUACAGCUUUUAGAGGAUUCGGUGCACCAAAAGCUAUGUUAGCCGCAGAGGACAUGAUAAGAAAAAUAGCAGAUAUUCUUGGGAAGAAAUAUGAGGAUAUUGUUGACAUAAAUAUUUACAAAGAAGGACAUUUAACCCAUUUUAAUCAAAAGCUUACUUAUUGCACGUUAUCUCGAUGUUGGGAAGAAUGUAUAGAACUUUCUGAUUAUUGGCAUAGACAACAGCUAGUAGAAGAUUUUAACAGAUCAAACAGGUGGAAGAAAAAGGGUAUUACAAUGAUUCCAACAAAAUAUGGUAUUUCAUUUCAAGCUGAUAUAUUAAUGCAGGGUGGAGCAUUACUAUUAGUAUACAACGAUGGUUCAGUUCUCUUAUCAAUAGGUGGAAUAGAAAUGGGUCAAGGACUUUUUACUAAAAUGAUUCAAGUGGCAUCGCAAGUUUUGCAAGUAGAUAUAUCGAAAAUUCAUAUAAGUGAAAUGGCAACGGAUAAAGUUCCAAACAGUCAACCCACAGCAGCAAGCAUGAGCUCAGAUUUAUAUGGAAGGGCUGUAAUAGACGCUUGUAACACUAUAAAAAACAGAUUAGAACCGUACAAAAGUAAUAAUCCGAAUGGAAAAUGGGAGGAAUGGGUUUCCGCUGCAUAUGUAGACAGAGUAUGUUUGUCAGCCACUGGUUUCUAUGCAGCACGAAAAAUUAGUUAUAAUCGAGAAACAAAUUCUGGAGAACUGUAUGAAUAUUUUACCUACGGUGUAGCGUGUUCUGAAGUUAUUAUCGAUUGCCUAACUGGUGAUCAUCAAGUUUUUAGAACGGACAUUGUAAUGGACGUUGGAGAAAGUUUAAAUCCCGCUAUUGAUGUUGGUCAAAUUGAAGGCGCAUUCGUUCAAGGAUAUGGAUUUUAUGUGAUGGAAGAAAUGUUAUUUGCGCCAAGCGGCGAAGUACUUUCAAAGGGUCCUGGUGCUUAUAAAAUACCAGGAUUUUCUGAUAUACCCAAAGAAUUCAAUGUAUCUCUUCUCAAAGGAGCUCCUAAUCCACGAGCAGUAUAUUCGUCGAAGGCAAUUGGUGAACCUCCCCUUUUUUUGGCUGCGUCAGUUUACUUCGCGAUUAAAGAAGCUAUUAAAUCCGCUAGAUCGGAUGCUGGAUUUGAUAAGGAAUUUGUACUAGAUGUGCCAGCAACAUGUGCCCGAAUUAGAAUGGCAUGUGAGGAUCAUAUUACUGAGCAGGUAAAACCAACAAUAACGAAGAAAGGAAAGCCGUGGAACGUUAUACCCUAAAAGUUAGUAUCUAGUAAUUAUAUCACUAAUGUUAUAUAAAAAUUAUGAUUGCAAAAUUUAUACAACAUUUUAUUUUUAUUAAAAACAUUAACCAAA